UUAAACCGUUAAACAGUUUUGCACCAGUGCUGUGUUCAGGAUUCUUUUGGGCGGGGCUAAAACGGUGGCUCGAUGACGCACUGGACCCACCGAGGCAGGCCCCUCCCGUAACAAUAUGACUAGAGCACAUUCGGUUCAGUUUGCCAUUCAAUCACGAGUUACAGUCAGACUCAGUACUAGUUUCAACAGCCUACAGUUAGCAAAGUCAUCGACUACCAUCGUUUAAAUACGUUGACCAGAGCAUAACCUGUCAUCUUCACCCAAGAGACCUACUGUUGGACAAUUCUUUUUGCUUUAAAGAUGCUGUUUGCCAUUGUUCAAUUUAUCAACGAGGAUGAUCUGCCAUUUGCAGUGGUUCCGCAAGUGUGGCUCAGCAAUGACAUGUGCUAUUGGCCCCCAUUUGACCUCCGCAAAAAAGACAAGGGAAACAAUUUAGCCAUCCGCUGUACGUCUCCACACAGCACCUGGGAGAAACAUCAUUUUAAGUUUAUGAAGGGAGCAGAAUCUUGGCAAGAGGCAAUGAGAUAUUUGGUGCGCUUCCAAACAGGUUCCAGCGUUGAAACGACGGAUGAUGACAAGAAGGGAAAGCGAAAGAGAAGCUUAACUUCCAAGUACAGACCCCAGGCCUCUUCUGAUGAAGAGGAGUCUUGUCUUCCAGAUGCACCAGCAGUGCUGUCGUUUCAGCAACCUCUUUUGAGCUUUGAAAACCUUGUUCCCAGUAACAAGGUUUCAGUGCUGCCCGAUGCUCCAGAGGUUGCAUCGAUUCCAGAAAACCAGGAAAAUGUUGAGCCAUCUGUAGAUUUCAGAGCUGUUUCCUCUUUCUCAGAACCAGGUUUCUCCCCAGUAAUCCAGACUCCACUUCACAGAGCCAAGAGUUUGAGUACAAGACACUUGACGGGUUACUCACCGCAGCAGUUUGUGGAUGAAAGGUGUCGAGCUCGUCAAGUACUAAGCUUUACACCCCCAGCAGCACAUUUACCCUGGCAGCAUAUGGGUGAAAACGCUGGAGGACAAAGUCAUCGCUCAGGUAUUGGCCCUUGGACUCCCCUGGCACCUCGUGUACAGCAUGAAGUUUUCUGCUAUGAAGAUUUCCAGAGACUCCAGAAUGAGAACCAAGCCCUGAGGGAUGAGAACCAAGCCCUGAGGGAUGAGAACCAAGCCCUGAGGGAAAGCAAUGCACCAGCAGCUUCGGAUGACAGCGGAUCACUUCAGGAGCAGGUGAAGCAAGUUGGGACAAUGUUAAAGACGUUUGCUCGCACUGGGCAAUCAGGUGCAGAUCAGACCCUAAUUCUGCGGCGUCUUGGAGAGUUUGGCGAUGUUGUGCGAAGCAUGGACAUCAAAAUGGACACUAUGCUGCAACAUUUUAGUGCCGGUGUGUCCGUUGGAGGGUUAUCCCUGCCAGGGGAUCUGUUACUCCCACUAGACACCCAGGACGAUUUAGCGUUGCUUGACAGCAGUCUGAGGCAGGAUAAAGAGCUCCAGCAACGAUUUCUUCGGUUUUUGGCAAUCAAGUGUGGGAGGGACCUCAAGACAACUGUGUGGCGAAUGCUUGAGAGUAUCUUCUCUAAUCGCCUUUCCAUUAACACAACCUGGACUGGUGCAGGGGAAAAAGCAUGUUUUAGAGACAUGUUCCUGAAGACCAUUGUUCAAAGAGCCAUCCGGAAGAACUCGGCAACCCAGGAUGCCACUGAUGAGGCGAUCCAGGUUAACGUUACGCGUUACCUGAAAGGAGCAGCUGACCGUGAAGGUGGAAAAAGGCGCCGCACAGCUGAGAGGGACCCACAGCCGACCCCUCAAACCUAGGCUGACUACCGACACCCCUGCUAAAAGUGUCAGACUAAACUCACUCAAUCCACACUCUUCACUAGAAAUUGCUGUUUUUUUUUUUAUUUUUAUUUUUAUUUUUCCCCAUCUCGUGACCCUGCCUUCAGGGCAGCUCCUUGGAUGAAUAUGGGAUGUUUUUUUUUUUUUUUU